UGGAUUCUCAACAGACAGGGGUUCUGACCAAUGGUGGCUCAGAUAACAGGAGUGUCUGCCAAUCCUUGAAGAGAUCGGGGACUGUGCCAGAGAUCCAUGAGGAGCCAGUGGACUCCUUGAUCUUAUCCUGCCCACCAGGUAACCUCCAAUAAUUCUCCCUUAUACAGGUGUACUCCAGUACAGGUGUCCAAUCAAAACCUUUUUAGGCCAAACGAGGAGGGGCUGGGAGACCGCCUGCGGGCUCAAACAACCAAUCACAGUCAAGACUGGACAUCCUGGUGUGUGCGAUCAACCAAUCAGAGUCAAAUCAGACGUUCCUGGAUUAUGCAACAGGCCAAUCACAGACUCUGCAGCUCUCAUCUCUACCAAAGACGUGCCUCCCUCUGAUUCUAAAGGGAGUAGGUUAGAAGCCAGAGCUGUUUGGUCUGGGACCAGUUGAAAUGCCCUGACCUCCACUACUGUGACUUGUACGGGUCAGAUGGAGGAUGUGUGUGUUGAAGAGAUAAAACACACGGAGGAGCCUCUAUAGGAUGGAGACAGAAGAGAGGGAUGAGAGGAGAGAUGGAGAGAGUGAUGUUACACAACACAGGAAUGGUAGUCCCAUUGUCCCUGAAACGCCUCUCAUCUCCGACACAGCCAAGGCAGAGAGGGAUGGAGGGAUAAGGGGGGAGAAAGAAAGGAAAGAUAGAGAGGAUGAGAGAGUGAUCCCUCUUUUCCUACCCCCUAGUCGAUGCCAUGGUGGAAAAGAGAGACCAGGAGAGGAUAGAGGAGAGAGAGCAGAGGCAGGGAAAGGAGUUUGGGGGAGAAGAGAAGAAGAGGAGGGAGAAGUAUUGGAUCUGAGCUUCCCUAAAAAGAGAGAGAUUAAGGAGAGGAGCCUUUGGCAUGAGAGCUCACUGCUUAUGGAGGUAGAUGAGGUAGAGGGGGAUGGAGAUAGGGACAUUGUAGAGGAAGAUGAUGGUGAUGAUGAAGAGGAUUCUAUAUUGAUAAUGGAUGGAGCUGACAUUUUGGGGGGACCUCUCUUGUCUCCCUUGUUCUUCUCUACCUCUGUUUUCACCUCCCUCUCUUCCAUAGACUCUGAAAGUGAAGGUCUUCUCCUAAUAGAUGACCAGGGUAUUCCAUACACACUCACCCCUGAGGGGCACAAAGUGCCCCAAAUGGACUCUUCCAGGCCAGACAACCCCCCCCCAAGCCAGCCAAAGGUGCAGUCCAACUCAUUGGAGGUAGAGGAUGACAGGUUGUCUCAUAUAACCACAGCAUGGGUCACUUACCUCAGCCGAGGUUUAGUAAAAACUCCACACACACACAAGGAAAACACAUGUCCCACUCCUGUUACGUCUAUGAAACCCUCACAGAAGUCAGAACUUCAAAACAAUACAGAACACUCAAAGAACCCAGAACUCUCACAGAAUGCGGAACCCCCUAAGGUUCUAGAUUCAGAUGUGAAAUCUGUUAGUGAGGCUAGUGCUGCUGUUUCCCAACCCUCUGGUUCUGCUGUACACCUCCAACCCCCUCAGCCCAUCCAGAUCCUUACUAACCCCUCCUCCAACACCCCCAUCCUCCUCUUCCCCUCCUCCCCCCAGCUCUCCUCCAUUCCCUUAACCAAGACUGAUACCAACCCAGGCCUCCUGGCCUUCUCACUCCCCCUCUCCCUCACCCAGAACACUCCCAGUGCCUCUACCUCUAUGUUCCUUCUCCUCUCCUCCUCCACCACCUCUUCCUCCGGUCAGUCUUUCUCUACCUCCACCCCCAUUGCUCUCAUUGACCCCUCCACCGGUCAGCUCUCCCAAAUCACUGCCUCCUCUUCAUCCCCUCUUUCUCUCUCUCUCUCUUCUGGUCAGCUCGCCACAUCAGUGUCAUCCCUCCCGGCCAAUCCCUCCCACCCAGUUAUUAGAACGACACCCAACAACUCCCCUACCAUCCAAUCAAGAGAGAGUCCCAUCGUUAACCCUCCCGCCCCCCUGACCUCCCCCUCUGUGGUCUCCUCCCCUCCCUCCAAGCAGCCCAGUGCUGAUGGCAGUUCUAAAGCAGUUCUACUCAGCUCACCUCCUCACAAACACACUGAACCAAACUGUUGUGACCCCAACACCGAUCAUCAGUCGCUAUCUACUGAAGAAACCCAAAUGGAGUCUGUCCCAAAUGGGUCAUCUCCUACUAAAGCCCCUCCCCUUACACACCCGCAAUCCCCUUCUCUGUCCUUUGACUUCAGUUUGGAGGCAUCCGACCAAUCAAAAGCCCCAGAGUCAAAGCACACCUCCCUCCCAUGGGACGACCAUCUCUACUUCUCCUCUGCCACCGCUCCUCCCUCCCCUCCCCUUGCCCCCAUCUUCCCCUCCAGCGGACCCAGGAACCUGAACCCCCUGGACCCUCUGGACCCCCUGUCCCCAGCCUCCUCUCCCUCCUCUGGGCCACGAAGGGUCCUCUACUGCCCUCUCUGCCCCAGGAUCUUCUACUACCUGUCUGACCUGGAGCGUCACUCCAUCACCCACUCUCAGAACAAACCCCAUGUCUGCCUGCAGUGUGGCAAGGCCUUCAAACGCUCCAGCCAUUUGCAGAGACACAAGCACAUUCACACGGGUGAGAGGAACUUUGUGUGCCCCAUCUGCUCCAAGCGUUUCAGGGAGGCAGGCGAGCUGCAGCGCCAUCAGAGGGUACACACAGGAGAGAAGCCCUACCAGUGCCCGCUGUGCCACACACGCUUCGCAGAGCGCAACACCCUGCGUCGACACACCAGACGCAAACACCCUUACCACCAGGCAGCCAUGGAGAUGCUGUCCGAGAGAGGAGCAAGGGGAGGAGGAAGAGAAGGAGGGGAUGAAGAUGAGGGCACAGAAGAGUGGUAUAGUUCCACUGUGUCCAACUUGGACAACUCUGACUCUGAACCAGAUUCUGAGGUCACUUCCUGAGGCUGAUCCUCUUGAAUAAAGGAAAGGAGGAGGAGGAGGAAAAGAAGGAGGAGGAGGAGGAGAGAAAAGGUGCUGUAGCUUCACUGUUUUCGACUUGGACAACUCUGACUCUGAACCAGAUUCUGAGGUCACUUCCUGAGGCUGAUCCUCUUGAAUAAAGGAAAGGAGAAGAGGAGGAGAAGAAGGAGGAGGAGGAAGAGGAGAAGGAGGAGGAGGUGGAGAAGGCGAAGGAGGAGGAGGGGGAGAGCAAAGGUGCUGUAGCUUCACUGUUUUCGACUUGGACAACUCUGACUCUGAAAGGGAUUGAAAAUGACUUUUGAAUGAUAAGUACCAGAACAGUACUUUCCAAUGAGAACAUUGCUUAUAUUUAUUUAUUAAUUUCUCUUGAAUGUAUUUUAUUUCCAUUCCCUUACAGGGUCUGAAAAUGAUCACUGAUCUCAUGAAUCAUUUCCCAUCAAGUAUUCCUUCGAUUUUCGUUGUUUGCACAACUAUAGGGCGGAAAAUGUUAAUGGACAUUCUAAAAAGGUGACACUUUGACAUUCUGCUAUAACAAUACAUUUGCACUACCAAAGUACAAACAAUUAUGUUGUAAAAAGCGGUCACAAUGUUUUAUUGUAAAAUUGUUCUUUAUUACUAUAUUUUUUUCUUCUCUUGUGGGAGCUGUACUUACUAUUGAGUGAGAUUAUUAAACUUUCUUACUAUUAAAGACACUGUCGUUUGCA